UUAAAGAGAAAAAUAUAUAAAUGUGUUUUUUAGAGGAAGAUGUGCAUGCAUAACGAUGAACCUCCAGACGUCUUGGGCUUUUUACGUUUAUCCACAGCAUUUUCAUUUAAUUCAUCUUAAAUAUUUAUACUUUUUUUUUCCUGUGCAGCUAGCGCAUAGUUUAAUAAGAGUGUAGCAUUUUAGUUAAGUCCUCCGAAGAAGGACGUCAUAAUCAAGCAACGCAAAAUGGCCAACCAGCGGUUGCUGGCUUUGUGACGUUCAUUCCUAGGAAAAAAAAAAGCUGUUUUGGGUGGUCUUACCAAGCAGAAGUGAAGCGUGCAGAAGACAAGUAAUGAUAAAUCUCUCAGGAUGGGGAGAAGUUACUUUGUGGAGGACGUGGUAGAAAAGUACAUUCUGAACCUUGUCACUGCAGAAAAAGCCUUCACAACCGGUCUCUUAAUUGGGCAGUGUUCUCCACAGAGGGACUUUGUAGUGCUUGCAGUUCAAACGGCCCAGAGAGAAGAGCAAUUUAACCAGCCCAAACAGAGUAAAGUAUCACUAGUGGACAUUGAUGAAGACUGGGUCAUUGGGCAUGCUCGGCAGGUUUCCCGAAUGUUGCCUGGGGGGCUGGAGGUCCUUGGUGUGUUUCUGAUCGCCUCGCCUGAACUGUCCAAGGAGUCGCAGAAUACACUGCGGAGGUUGGUAUUUGCAGUGGAGAAGUCCGUAGUGAAGGGAAGGCUUUGGAAGCUAUCAGAGGAUGAUGUCUCAGAAAGAGUGACUCUUCACAUCUGCUCGAAGACGAGGAAAGUGACAUGUCGGACUUUCGAUGUGCAAGACCCCAAGAGCUCUGCUAAGCCAGCAGACUGGAAGUACCAGCCAGGACUCUCAUCCUCAUGGUCCGUCCUACAGUGCAGUGUUAAGAUAGACCUACACAUCCCAGUGCCAGAAGGGUCCUCUGUGAAAAAUCUGGACAAAUAUGUGAAGAACAGGCUUCAGAAAUGGGCUAAUCUAGUAGAAGACAGUGUUAUUCUAAUCAAUGGCCAUGUCAGACCAAAUGACAAAGAAUUCACAGAGGGUCAGAAAAAGACCACACGGGGCUCUGGAACACAGCAGAACUUCAAUGUUCAGCUUUUGAUGCCCUUAACAGGAGACUCAUCAAAUGAGAGGCUGACUGCCUUGGUGGAAGUCUGCAGUGAAUCCAUUCAGUUGAAUGGGGUCGUGCACUGUAAAGCAUACAUUCACAGCAACAAACCAAAAGUGAAAAAUGCAAUUCAGGCUUUAAAGAGGGAUGUGCUGAAUACGGUUUCAGUCCGAACAGAGAUGCUCUUUGAAGAUAUCCUCCUGAAUGAAGACGAGAGCACAAGUAAAGUAAUUAGCAGGGACCGUCACGAUUUUCCACGGAGGGUGUAUGCUCAAGUCCCUGGCUGCAGUGUCUGUAUGUGUGACUACAUAUUCCCGGAUGAGGCAGUGGCAGACCUGCAGGAACACUUCAGAGAGAUUCUGGACUGUGACAUAGAGGAAGAACAGAUAGAUGUGACCCAGGAAGCAAUUGAAGCUUACUCAAAUGUAAAUUCAGAUGCUGUCCUUGAGGGAAACUUUCCACAAGUGGAAGACUGUAGAGCACCCACUAACCACACAAACAUUCAGCGAAAUAUCGGUGUGGUGAUGGCCGUUGGAAUGGCGCUCCUUGCCACAGCCUUUUCACUGUUUUAUUUUAGUGAUUGAACAUUCAAAUAAACUCUGGGGGACACCUAAGUGACAUUCUUGGCAUCAUUCUUUGAGAAAGAAUGUGAGGUCUGAGUGGCUGAGACCUCUGUGCGUUUUGUUUCUUUCUUUGUUUCUGAAGAGGAACGAUGGAGGGCUUUUCCAGUGAUGAAUCUUAAUUCUUUUUUUUACCUAAUUGUGCACUAUUUCCCGAUGAAAACGUGAUCCAGAUAUCGUCAUCUAAAGAAAGAUGAUCUUGAUAUCUCUGUGUAGAGAAGGGAAAGAAAGCAACAAAGCUGAAUAUCUUUUCCAGUUUUCAUCUGAUGGCUUUGAUGCUGUGAAAUCCACAAUCUUGUGCUUGUGUAAGGUGUGGCCCUUCCUCCAGAAAGCCUUAUAAAGAUAUCUAGGUUUUGUCCACAUUUUCCCUUUGUGACCCACUGUCUGCCUACUUAAUACAGUUCUUCAUUUUCAAACAUUUACAUUUGAAACCCAGCUCUUUACUCAUGUGAAACACUGGUGUUGAAACAAUUAAGCCAUUUUUCAGUGUAGUCCUUUAUUGACUGGGGAAACAUAACUUCUAGGGUGAGGUAUUUAUAAUGUAAGUACCCUGUUUUCAUAAAUGAAAGAGCGUCAGUUCUGAGACUAAGAGGUUAUGUAGUGGUAACCCUUUAAUGAAUUUAAAAUAGGCCACCUUUUUGUUUUUUGAAUUGCACUAGAGGCACUGAGUGGUCUAUUCUCAUCAUCUGCUCUUCUUGUGUUCUUGUGUAAUACAAUAAUUCGGUGUCUUGUAUAAGGUAUGUUCAUUCUUUAGAAAACCAGAGUACUGAAUUAAUCCUUUAAAACAAUUAAAGGGGAGCUACAGUACUAAUUUCUCAGGCUUUCUAUCAAAAAACAAUUGACAGUGUUGCAGAAUUUUACGAAUUUCGAAUAAAGUGCAAAAUGGUGAA